ACUCACUCAUCUUAUUCACGCCUCGGCUUCUACUGACAUCACACUCGGCUUGACGCGGCAGUUUCUUGGUCUUGGUAACCUCCGCUCACAACCUCGGCAGAAUCAUGAAAAGAUAUCACAGCAUCCGAUCAAUCUGAGAUGAUUGUAAUUUCUCUACACAAGGAGGAGGAGUUGGAUACCAUUUCGAUAUCGGGAAGUCUUGUUCCCUUAUCUGUAAUAAAAAUGCUCUCAAAACAACACUGGAUUGGAAUGUAUAUCCUCAUUGUGUAAUUUAUACAAAGACUUAUUAUUUUAUGACCACAGGCGAAUGACGAUCUAGUCGACGUCGAGGUUUAUCAAAUCGGCAUCACCGACAUCAGAAUGAGAACCAUCCUCUUAAUCGACCGAGAAAUGAUUUAUCGUCCAAACUUGACUUCUAACAUGAACAUCACUUUUCAAGACAUUAAGCUAUAAAAUCUCUGAGUAAAGUGAUCGUCAAAAAGAGUGUUAUAUGCGUCUUAUAGAGGGAGUGUGCAUUGGUCAUCAAUAGGCCCUAUGAAUUGGAUUGAACAUACUUCAUAUUUGUUUCAUGUCACUAAACAAUGUGAGACCUACGUGUAGUUAGACAAAGUGACCCCUGAAUGCAUAAAUAUGAGUUAUUGUUAUUAUUAUUAUCAUUAAACAUCAACUACGAUCCUGUGAUUGCGGAUUUUGGAAAAGGAGACCAAAAUAAAAAAAAACUUCUAAAGUCAUCGCGGGGACUUCAUAUUUUCAUAAUUUAUUUUUCUUCGAUAUUAGGGAUUUGGUGACUCACAAUGUCGGAACAAACCGGGACAGAAAACCUGAGUUUUCUUGAUAACCUGGUCUUGGAGCCCCCUUCCCUAAAUUUAGAUAAACUCGAAGAGAUAUCCCCCGUGCUCGCAGAGCUAACAGUCAAACCAAAAACAGCUAACGCCAAGCCGACUCGUCGAGGCCGAAAGAGGAACGCUGACAAGAUAACCGGAGCUACAUCAACAGGUGAUGGGACUGCAUCUGCAGUCAAAUCGGGUAGUACGAUCGACGGGACAAGCGCUGUCAAGCCAAAGCGAGGCCGUGGGCGACCAGCCGGUAGCACGAAUCGAACCAACAAUAAACUGUCAACGCCCGCCGCUCCGCCUGCGCCGACGACCAAUGCUGACGAUGUUGCCGAGAACGACCCGGUGAACGCGGCACGGGAGCGCUCUCGCGUCAAGACCCUUCGAGAUGCGUUCCUCGAGCUCCAGCGAUCGCUGCCUUCGGUUCCUCCCGACACCAAACUGUCCAAGUUGGAUGUUCUGGUUCUGGCGACCACGUAUAUCUCUCACCUCAUGAGAACCCUUGACGACGAUCAGCGUUCUACCCCGACCUCACCCGGUGAUGAUGUGACGGGAGGAGGGCUUGAUAAGCAUCACAGGUUGAAAGCACAAGGAUACUUGCAUCCCGUUAAGAAAUGGCCGAUGCGAUCUCGCCUCUAUGCCGGAGCUUCGGCGGACUGCCUCCUUGAUGGAUCGUAAUAGCCACCAGCCUCUAUCUUCAUCUUUCUUCAUAUUAAACACCAAAGAAAAACAGACUUCAUUCGAUUCUGAUUUCCCAAAGAGCGCCUUCCAUAACUUCUUAUUCGUAUUAUUCUUAAUGAGCGUGGUAUAGGAAUAGAUUACGAAGUAGAUUGGAGUAUUUAUUUUAAUUAUUAGAUGGAUCAUUGACAUGAAUAAGAUGUGAGGAAUAAUCUGCCAGAUGGACGAUAUUAGCCUUCCUGUAUUCACAAUUUGAUUUGGUUUGAUCAUGGACCUAUAGGUCCAUGGUUUGAUUUGAUUUGAAUUCUGCAUUCAUGAUGAAUAUGCAACAUAACAUAUACAAAUGCAAUACAUAUGUAACAAACAAUAUUAAUAGUCGUAAUAUAAGCAAUGCAAAAUAAAUAUUAAAGGACAAGUCCACAUCAAACAAACAGUUGAUUUGAAUAAAAAGAGAAAAAUUCAACUAGCAUAACACUAAAAUCGGAUGUAAAAUAAGAAAUUUAUGAAAUUUUAAAGUUUCGCAUAAUUUCAAAAAACAGUUAUAAAUUAUGCACAUCCUGGCUGGUAUGCAAAUGAGGAGACUAUGACAUCAUCGACUCACUAUUUCUUUUGUAUUUUAUUAUAUGUAAUAUGAAAUAUUCUAAUUUUCUCCUCAUUUUCAAAUGAUACAACGAUUAAUUCCUCCCUGAACAUGUGGAAUUAGCAUUGUUUAAUACUAUAUGGUUCAGUCAAGUUGGUCCUUGUUGUCAAAUCUAUAAAAAAUUAAAUAUUGUUUAAUUCAAACAAUAAAAAAACAAAAUAAAUAGUGAGUGCAUCAUCGACUGACUCACCUAGUUGUGCAUAUCACUGUUUUGUGAAAAAUAAGCGAAACUUUAAUAUAUCAUAACUUUCUUAUUUUACAUCCGAUUUUGAUGAAAUUUUCAGCACUAUGCUAGUUUGAUUUUUCUGUAUUUAUUCAAGUCAGCAUUUUCCUGGGGUGGACUUGACCUUUAACAAUAUGCAUUAUUCACUUACAAGAAUCAUACAAUGCAGGAGACCGCCAUCAUGAGCGAUUAAGCUUAAAAAUUAUGGCGGCUCUCUUUAAAGCUCUCUGAUAAUAGAGAGCUUUAGAUUUGCUACACGAAUAUAAGUAUGCAUACAUGUGACGAACUUAAUCGGCCAGAAAAAGUAAACUGUUAUGCGCUUGUGCAAGACCAUAUGUUUUGUGGAAGUGCAUGCAAAAAAAUUUUCUCUCGAAAAAACAAUGUUAAGACGUUCAAAGACCAGGAGCUCGGAAUCACAUUGGCACUGAUAAAUCAAAUAACUUUUAACAAUGCCAAUUUCAUUUUCACAUAGUCCACUGUAUGCUAACAAAUUGUGAAGACACUUAGCAGGGGCAGCGGAACGGGGGGAGGGGGACUUGCGGGGCUUCAGCCCCCCCCCCCCUCUUUUUUUCCAAGACCGUGAACAAAAACGUAAAAACUACCAUCUGAUUAUGAUUUUUUGAAUGGUCCCCCCCCCCCCCACUUUCAAAGCCGUUCCGCAGCCCCUUGCUUUGUGAUUCCCAACAGUGAGUAAGAUUGAAUAAUCAGUCAAAAUGCAUUAUACAAUGUGGGCUACUGCAUUUAUUUAAAUGAGGACUGAAAUUAAAAGAAAAUACAAUUCGUUAAUUAAUUAUUCGUAAAAUAUGUACUUGUGUAAUCUGUACUAUAUUUGAUUAAGGACUGAAAUAUGGAAAAAUACAGAUUGUUUGUCAAAGCUUAUGUAUGCAUUUAAAUGAAAUGAAAGUGUUUGAUUUUGAUGUGAAAUAAAAAUGUGUUCUGAAAUAAUAUUGUAUU